GGGUUCGCGAGCCCCCUGGGCGCGGGCCGGGCGUCGGGGGAGCUGCUGCAGUCACCCCGGCCGGCGCCUCUCGCUGCCUGCGCUCAGCUCCAGCUACCCGACGGGCAGGAGGAAUUGGAGGAGGACGAUGCCUUUACCAGCGUGCAGGUGCCGGCGGCCGCCUUCCUGGGCUCCGGGACACCCGGGAGUGGGAGCGGCAGUCGGGGCCGCCUCAACUCGUUCACUCAGGGAAUCCUGCCCAUCGCCUUCUCCAGGCAGACCUCGCAGAACUACUGCUCCCUGGAGCAGCCGGGCCAGGGGGGCAGCACUAGCGCCUUCGAGCAGCUACAGAGGUCGCGGCGCCGUCUCAUCUCCCAGAGAUCGUCCUUGGAGACCCUGGAAGAUAUUGAAGAGAAUGCCCCUCUACGGAGAUGUCGAACUCUCUCAGGUUCGCCUAGACCAAAGAACUUCAAGAAGAUUCAUUUUAUCAAGAAUAUGCGGCAACACGAUACCAGGAAUGGCAGAAUAGUCCUUAUCAGUGGCAGAAGAUCCUUCUGUAGUAUAUUUUCAGUGCUGCCGUAUCGAGACAGUGCCCACAUUGGGGAUUUGAAGUUGGAUGGAGGGAGACAAUCAGCAGGUGCCGUGAGCUUGAAAGAGAUCAUUGGCCUUGAAGGCGUGGAACUGGGAGCUGACGGGAAGACUGUUUCUUAUACCCAAUUUCUGUUACCCACAAACGCCUUUGGAGCCCGGAGAAAUACCAUUGACUCCACCUCCUCCUUCUCCCAGUUCCGUUCUCUGAGCCACCGCAGUCUCUCCAUAGGACGGGCAAGCAGCACCCAGGGGAGCCUCGACACAGGCAGUGACCUGGGAGACUUUAUGGACUAUGACCCAAAUCUCCUGGAUGACCCCCAGUGGCCUUGUGGCAAGCACAAACGAGUUCUGAUCUUUCCUUCGUACAUGACCACAGUAAUUGACUACGUGAAGCCCUCAGAUCUCAAGAAGGACAUGAAUGAGACCUUCAAGGAGAAGUUUCCUCACAUUAAGUUAACACUCAGCAAAAUAAGGAGUCUGAAGCGAGAGAUGCGGAAGCUUGCUCAGGAGGACUGUGGCUUGGAGGAGCCCACAGUGGCCAUGGCCUUUGUCUACUUUGAGAAGCUCGCCCUCAAGGGAAAGCUAAACAAACAGAACCGGAAGCUUUGUGCCGGAGCUUGUGUGCUUUUAGCAGCCAAAAUUGGAAGUGACCUCAAAAAGCAUGAAGUCAAGCAUUUAAUUGAUAAACUGGAAGAGAAGUUCCGGCUGAACAGACGAGAACUGAUUGCCUUUGAAUUCCCAGUGUUAGUGGCCUUGGAAUUUGCCCUUCAUUUGCCAGAGCACGAAGUCAUGCCCCAUUACAGACGCCUGGUCCAGAGCUCCUAGCACAGGCCCCCUAGGAGGGCCAGGGACCACUUCCUCUGAGCUCGGCGGAGCAGCAUUCAGUACUGAAAAUGCAAAAAUAGAACUCAACAUACCAGGCUUUUUCCUCUCAACAUGUUUUUGUGUAGAAGCAGUACCGGAAACUUUUCAGGGAGUCUUCAGUCUGGCUGGCCGAGAUGAAAUGAGAGCUGUUUGUUUGCUACUCAGGGAGGGAAGAGGACACCCAUGCAGAAGACAGCAGAGUCCCUUCCAGCUCUCCACUAGCAAGAGUUCUUAGCUGUCUCCGCCCCAGGCUUCCUCCCGGGCACACGCAGGCCUUGCAAGUGUGGUCCAGGGCCUUCUCUCCAGACCCGCUCACUCAGACUGAGGUUCUAGAGCAGAGUGGGGAAGAGAAUUUGCAGAAGUUGGGGGAAAGCUUUUAAAAGAUACCCUCACUGUGUCAAAAGAGUGUGCCAAUCUAUUUUUGUAUCAGCUGUUGAAGUGCACUUUCUCUUGGGGCGUGUGCAUGACUAAGUGUGACAGUGUGUGUCAGAGAUGUCUCGUCAGCUCUCAACCCCCAAAGCUAGCCACAGACCUCAGCCUGGGGUCAUGAGUGGUAAUUUCUAGAUAAUCUCUGGAUAACAGUCACUCUCUAUACCAGAUUGUCGGACAUCCUCUGCCCUCAGAAAAUGACAUUGUUUCUGUUACUGCUUCUACCACGCAUAGAACAGAAAAGACACGUUCUCAGUAUUGGAUGGGUCUUGUGGAAAGGUGGGGAGUGUGGCGCUCUGUACCUGUCUGCCGUCACACUAUGUGCACACACUUAACCUUCGCACUUUUCCCACUGUGGAGAUGGCUGGGGUUCUACUCCGUGGUAUGUAUUCCUGUGCUCUAUGUUAGAGUGCAUAAUAAGCACAUUUAUUGUGCUAUAUAUAUAUAAAGUGUUUUAUAAAUAUCCAGAAUAAGGGUAAGACACAUGAUUGGUGUUUUGAGGCUUUUGACAGCUGGGACAAACUGCAUCUUGAGCUGAGGUUGUGUCCAUCGAUAGAGGCAGUGACUCCUAUCACCACCAUGUACCCAGGUCUGUUAAUGCAGAAUUUCAACUGUGACUUGUACUAACUGCUGCGACAACCUGUACUGAGGCUCGUGACCACGCCAUCACCUCAUAGCCGUAAGAGAUAAGCACCCACUGCGGUUCACCUGACUGAAGAAAGCCCUUGGCCAUGUAAAAGGAAUUAAAAUAUUUUAUUGUUUCUAUAUA